CAGUAAACCCGCCUAGCCAAUCAUCUGACCAAGAACACAAAAAGUCGACGCAGAGAAGGUUCCCUUCGCCCUAUUAUGAUGAAGGUUACAUUGAAAGCCAACCUGACAAAUCAACUGAUGAUCAAUCACCUAACAAAGAACACAAAAAGAAAAUUCAGAGAAAGUUAAGUUCGACUGAUUCUGUUGGAGGUAACAUUGAAAGCCAACCUGGCAAAUCAGAUUUUGCACUUUUACGGGACAGACGUUAUCAAUCCUUGGGCAUCAUGGAAAAGCUACGUGUCAAAUUUUCAAACGAAACAAGAUAUACCAUGAAACCAGCAUAUAAUGAACAUUUGUCGGAUAAAAUUAAAGACGCAACAGCAGGAAGGGAUAUUGGAGCAAUAGGAGGACCGUUUAGUUUAUUCGAUGGUUCGACAUUAGGUGCUACUGCUGGUCGAACAUCGUUUCGUUGGAAAAAAAGUACAGUAAACCCGCCCAGCCAAUCAUCUGACGAAGAACACAAAAAGUCGACGCAGAGAAGGUUCCGUUCGCCCUAUUAUGAUGAAGGUUACAUUGAAAGCCAACCUGACAAAUCAACUGAUGAUCAAUCAUCUGACAAAGAACACAAAAAGAAAAUUCAGAGAAAGUUUAGUUUGCCUGAUUAUGUUGGAGGUAACAUUGAGAUCCAACCUGACAAAUCAACUGAUGAUCAAUCAUCUGACAAAGAACACAUAAAGAAAAUUCAGAGAAAGUUUAGUUUGCCUGAUUCUGUUGGAGGUUACAUUGAGAUCCAACCAGACAAAUCAACUGAUGAUCAAUCAUCUGACAAAGAAUACAAAAAGAAAAUUCAGAGAAAGUUAAGUUUGCCUGAUUAUGUUGGAGGUUACAUUGAAAGCCAACCUUACAAAUCAACUGAUGAUCAAUCGCCUGACAAAGAACACAAAAAGAAAAUUCAGAGAAAGUUUAGUUCGUCUGAUUCUGUUGGAGGUUAUAUUGGAAGCCAACCUGACAAAUCAACUGAUGAUCAAUCAUCUGAUAAAGAACACAAAAAGCAAAUUCAGAGAAAGUUUAGUUUGUCUGAUUCUGUUGAAGAUAAACUACAUGUACCAAAACUACCAUUGAAAGCUUUAUCAGACGUGCGUGGCAACAGUGAAGAAGAGUUUAAUUGGGGAAGAAAGAAAAAUGAAAAAUGCAUAAUUUGUUGAGAAGAGGAUAGAAAUAUAUCAGGUUCAACUCAUAUCGGAUAUCGGCACAUGGUAUUCAUACAAGAGAGUCCUACCGGAACAAAGAACAGGGCUUGCAGUUGAACUAAACAGAACUAACGAAUUCUUGAACGCCACUUAAAGUCUACUAUCGGUAUUUGAAAAACAAAAUAGAACUGAAAAUAUAAUAGAAAUGGAACGAGCACAUGAUGAUGACCCUAUGAUGGAGUAUAGAAUAGUAUUUUAAGCAGCGGCUUUGGAAGCAACAUGGAUGAUCUUGAAAUUUUUGUUUGACUAAACAAUAAUUAUUGCGAAACCCAGUAUUUAAUACUUAUAAUUGUUAAUUAGAAUUUACAAAACUGACGUAACAAUAAUGCUUAACAGUUUAAAGCGUCUAUCCAACACAUUGUAGUUCGGGUGCUUUUUUGUUUUUUGUUGUUGUUGUUUUUUUUUGUUUAUUUUUUUUUUUUUAAUGUUAUCAAACAAUAAAAUUUCACCACAGGCUCGAAUAUUUAUAUAGAACUAGAUGAUUCAUAAAUGUCUAGUCCGAUGGAAGAAGCAUCGAAGUAAAGGCUUUGCAAAGUUUAUCUUGCUGUGAUUUUAAACCGUUGCAUCGUUUUAUUUUGUUAAUAUUGACUUAAAUUACAUGUAUAAACACACCCGUAAAUAGGUUGCAAGUAGAUCCGUUGGAUUCAGGUAGAACAGUUCUGCGCUUGGUAAGUUUUUGUCAUCCUCCAAUCGACUGCUGCACAAUAUAUCUUAGAAAAUUAUGCCAAAAAAAAGACAAAAAUGGAAGAGCAUAUCUUGGUAUUCCUGUCUUUAAGUGAGACGUCGUUAACAUCUGUGAUAUUAGGGGUGUUCAUAUGUGUGACAGGUGAAACAUAACGACUGUUAUGUGAAAACUGCAUGUUUUACUUCUUUGCAAAUUUAAUAACUGUAAACGAUGUUGAUGAUUUAGACCUAUGUUGUGUGAGAGAGAAGCUUUCAUAUGUGUUUUAAGUCUCAAAUGUUUCUCACUUUUUGGUUUUCCAACUUUACCGAAAAGUAGUAUUCUUUUCUAGAAACUGUCUUCUUUUCUUUUAGACACUUUAUGUAUAAAAUAAUCAGUAAACGGCAAGCUUUGUCGACAAACAGGCUUUUAAUAGCGUUUCGAAAUAGUUGAUUAAUAUCAAAAUGUUGAUAUGAAUGUAAUAUUCGGCAAUAUUGACCUGAGACAUGUGAAUAUUCAAUGACCUUUUGUCCAUAAUUGUCAGAUUCCGAAGUUAUUCUGACGGAUUUUAAAUUAUGGUAUAACGGUAUAUAUGGUUUAUGUAUAACAUAAGUUACCGACACAACACUUGACUAACUGGCCUCGGUGAUAAGACGUUAAGAGUUUCUUGUUUAAAUUAAAGGAUGUAGGUUUAAAUCUAAAUGGAAUAUCAUUUCAAUAGGGGUUUUAAUAUUUUUUGCGAAACUUUUUUGAAUGCCAAUCACCC